AUGUCCUUCCCAAACCUUUACUACAAGCGAACAACAGCGACCGCAAAAGCAUGCUACAUCUGUUAUAAGCCCACGAAUGCCGUGCUUGCCACGAUAGAUACCUCCGAUUUCCUGUAUACAUGCACAGUUCACCUGUCAGACCACGGAUUCGCCACCCGCGUGCUCGAGCCUGAGAGCGAGAACAAGAUUGGAGUCAGUCUCGAGGAAAUCGCGAGGCUCAGGGAGGAGUGGGAGGAGAAGCAGAGACGCAAGAAAGAGAAAGAGAAAGAAAAAGAGAAGGCGGAUAAGGAUAAGGACAAAAUAGCUGAUGAAGGUGAAAAGAAAGAUGAUGACGGUAAGCCGGAGAAGUCACCAAAGGUACCGGGAUCAUUGCCCACGUCGGGUUCUUCAUCACCAAGGCCCACCCACGAGAAGUAUAUAUUACAUCGUGAUAUAUUCGCCCUGAGAGUGUCGGAGCACCGACGACGGAGGCAAACCUCGCAGGCGAAGGAUCUAGCACCUCGUCUUCCAGGAGCCCCCAGUAGCAGUCUGUCAUGA